GAUAAACACGUGAUUUAGUGAGUGAGUUGCUUAAAGUUGUUUAAGGUAAAAACUUAUUCAUUUUCAAAUGUUACCUUGUGUUGAUUUAAUCAACUUUAAUAAUCAUCUUGGUUAAUUGUUGAUUAACUUUUCAAUUGUGUGUAACUGUGUCCACUAUGUUUUGAUAUAAAUCAAUAUAAAUGUGUAUUAGUUGAUUGGUUAAUUGUCCUUGAUUGUUUUAAACACGAAAUUGUUACCUCUCAAAUUAUUUGAACAUUUUUUUUAUUAUUUACCAAUUGUUGAUUGUUAAUUGUUUCAAUUAUUUGUACUUUGUCAUCAAAGCUUGUUAAUUCACAUGUCGGAUUGAUUUAAUAUCAUCAAUUUUUCAUCUGAUUACAUUGGAAACAAUUAACUUAAUUGUGAAAAGUGAAAGUUAAUCAACAAGGAAAAGUUUGACUUUCAUUUUUUGUUCACAAUUCAUUGAAGAUCCAAAAUUGGAAAACUUUUUCUCAAGUAACUCAAAAAUCAUCUUGAAGAUCACAAUUUAAAUGUAACGAACAACAAUUAAACCCAUUGACGAAUUAAACCAAUGAUCAUUAAUUAGUUUAAUCAGUAAAUUAUGCCUGGUAGUUUACUAGAAACAAUUAAUAGUAAUAGUAAAAGUGACGAGGAAAAAUUAAAAUCUUCUCAACGAUCAGCAACUCGAUUGUCACCAUUUUCACCAACACCAAGCGUACAAUUAAAGAGUAACAAUUAUAAUCGUAAUAAUAACAAUCAACUAAUCAGCUCAGCUCGGUCUGAUAGAUCUGAUGGUUCUAAUUGUGAUUCGGAAGGCGGUGGAUCAACAUCAACAACAACAUCAACCUCCAACAAAAAGGUUUCCUUCAAUAAAGCAGUUCGAGUGAAAAAAUAUUCAUCACCACCAACACACUCAGGUGAUUUAAGUGAAAGUAAAUUUUGGUUUAGAGUGCACAAGGCCAAUAAUUGUGACCACCUAAACAACAAUCAACUAAAUCAACAACAGUUAAUACCGACUGAUAAUCAACAGCAACCACAACAACCACAACAACAACAGCGACAUCAACAAUUACCAUCAACCGAUCAUUCAAUUCAAUCCUUACCUUCAAAAGGUAAACUUGAUUUAUCCUCAUCUUUAUCAUCUACUCAUCAUCUUGAUUCUUUUAUUAAUUCUAGUCAAUUGUUUAAUUUAAAUUCUAAAGGUUCACCAUUGUCUAAUUCUGUUAAUUGUGAUUCCCAUUGUGAGACUGUUAAUGGAAAUCAACCUUUAAUUGAGAGUGAAUUUAAAUCAUCAUCAUCAACAACAACAUCGCCAUUGAAUAAAUCAACAACUUCUAUUGGUGAUAUUACCUCAACAACAAUGCCUCCAAUUAGUAGUUCUCGUAAAAAUGGAGUUAAAAUAAUUGAUUAUUCUGUUGAUGAUCAAUCAAAUGGAGGUGCUGAUGAUGGUGGGAAAAUGUCCACAUCAAAAGGAUCAGAAAUUGAUAAUCAUAGUAAUUUAAAAUCGACCAGUGGAAAAUCAACUCAACGAAUAAUCAAUUACGAACCUUAUAAAAGUGCCUCAACUAUUGCUCUUGAUAUUGAUUCCUCUUUAAGGCCUAGGUCACCUUCGCCCGUUAGUAAAACUGGACGACAUUCUAGUGUUGAUAGUGCCUCAAGGAAAGUUAAUCCAACUACUGCCAAUAACAAUAAUAACAUAAUUGUUACCAAUUCAAUUCGACCAGGAUCGGUAGUGAGUGAGGAAAUUAUUGAAACUAAAACCGUUGAGAAAAAAAAUCCUCUUCUCAGUGGAGUUAAGGUGAUGUUUGGUGUUAAAGCCAAACGAGCGCCGACAUUUCCAACUAUGCCAAAUCGAUCUAAAUCAGUUGAUCGAACCAACAAUUCAACAACAAUCAAGCCAAUAACAACAAACAAAACAACAGCGACCAUUGUAAGACCAACAUUUGCCUCCAGGACAACAUCGUCCACCUUAAAGUCAAGAGAUUCACCACAAACCAAUUCUUCAACUCUACGAUCUAGACAAUCAGAAUCAACUAAUCAGCCUCUUAAAUCAUCGUUAACAACAUCUCGUAAUCCACCAUUAACAUCAAGCCUAAAGAAAACACAAGCACCAACACCAAGUAAAAAUGUUCGUGAUUUAAGCGCAUCUCGUGUCACAACUAAAUCGCCGCCAUCGUUAGUGUCCAGUGAAAUUAACAAAUUGAUGUCUACCGUGUCCACUACCAAAAAACAGCCAUCGCCAUCUACGACUCUGAAUGACGAAGUGACCAGUAAAAAAGAAAUGGACCUUAAAGGUGAUGAUUAUGUUGAUACCGUUGAAAUGGCUCGUGAAAGGCCAGCUGAUCGAUCAACAGGUGAUUUAACUCCUGUUUCUACCUGGAAUUCAGGUCCAGUUUUAAUUUCUAACGUGGCCAAUAAAGAGACAAGUUCGUCUUACAUUCCCGGCGAGGGUAAAUUAAUGGCUUCUUUUGAGGAAGGAACCAAAGUUUGGAAAUCAAAAUCUCGCCGUGUUUACGAGGAGCCAAUAAAAAUACCAAGAGAAACUUCAGUCUCUCCUGAAAGGCAUGAUUCAAUUUCCCCUGAACGAUUAACAGUCAAAUCUAAAUCUCCUGAUAGACAAUCAUCUUCAUCUCGUAACCAAUCACCUGAUCGACUUUAUCGAAAACAUCAAAGUCGUAAAGGGUCACCUACAAGAGAUGAACAAUUAUCACAAAGUUCAAUUGGAAAAUCGCGUCUUCGAUCAAUUUCACCUGAACGACCAUCAUCAUCGGCUGGUUAUCGAUCACAAAUAAGACACAGAUCACCUUCACCGAUAAUGAUUGAGAGAAAAUCUCCCGCCACAACACCGAUAACCGUUGACAUUGAGGAAGACGCAAUUGACGGAGGAGGAUUAAAGAAAUCAAAUCGAACUCGAUUUUCGCCUACACAUGAAACAUUUUAUCGAUCAUCAUCUUCGAUUAGUGAUAAUCACAAAUCACUUCCAACUGCGGAUGAUUUGGACGAGAAUUUCCUUCGUAAAGAAGUUUAUCUCAAUGACCGUGAACCAGAUCAUGUCGAUCACGACGAUUUAAUUGUUGAUUACACACCUAAAAUGGAGGACAAGGCCUGUCAAUGUAACCUUAAAAGGUCAAGUAAAUAUCGAGGAAAGGAGGAGACCGAUUCACUUUGCGAUUUAGGAUAUCGAGUGAUUAAACCAGCGACCGAUGGGUCAGUCUCAACGUUUUCCAAUGUUCCUGAUAUUUCAGAUGCUGAGACUGAAAUUGAUCGACAAUCAAAUAGACCAAUGAGUCGAGAUGGUUCACCAAUUGUUGACCGUCGAUCACCACAAACUAAUCAUCAUCAUCAUCAUCAUCGCCCAGAAGUAAUUUACAGUCAAAUUGAUCGAACCAAAAAGCGAUCAACUAAUCAAUCAUCACCAUUACCACCAGAUGAUUAUCUUGACCAUCAUAAUCUUGACCAACCAGGUGAAUAUGGUCCAGAUGAUUAUCUUUAUGAAUCUAAUGCAAUCAAAUCAGCUCGAUCAUCGGUCUCACCAAGUAGAGGUGAAAACACAAGACGCUCAAUGGAAACGUCCUCAUAUCGACAUCAAUCACCUUCGCCUUCACCAAGCCGUCGGUACAUGUUUGAGAUCGAGCGACAAAGUAAACCCGAUUUACCUUCGCCAUCACCAAGGCCUCCAAAUAAAACUGUUUCCGUUGCUCAUAAAACCUAUGGGUUCAACAUGAGAACUGCGUUAGAAGCUCCCGAAGUUCACCUUCCAACUCGACCUCCGUCAACGAAGCCCGUUCGAGUGAUUGAAGCCCCUUAUCACCAUCACCAACCACAACAACACCCAUACCACCCACAUGACGAAUUAAUGUCGCGAUCAACGGGUGGACGAUUAGAAAGAAUGAGAGAUGAAAAUUUAUCGGGCGAUGAGUUGAUUCAUAAUCGUCGAGGGAGUAUUUCUGAUCCCGAUGAUUUGAUUGCACCAAAAUCAAUUAUUCGUGAAAUUGAUCAUCGAAAGGGGGAAAUUAAUUAUGAAAAUGUUACACCACGAAACCGUUCAACUGGAAUUCGUGGGUCAAUUUAUGAAGAUGGACAAUCAACCAACAAUUCCAUGUGGUUUAGGUCACUCGAAGAUGAUUAUCGAAAGGGUUUAUCGGAUCGGGAAUCUUUCAACAAUAAUAUUAAUCAUCAUCCUCAUCAUCAUCAUGACCCAUCGAACCAUACAAAUGUUACUGAUUAUUGUACCAUGUCGAGGCGUGGCCGUGAUAGGUUACCCUCAUCUCGAGAUGUGGGUGCUGAUUAUCAUCCACCAUCAACUAUGACACACGCUUAUACACUUGAUAGAAGGCAUCUUGACCGUGCACAAAGGUCAAAACGACCUGGACAAGGUUAUUCAACUGCGGGAUCACAUUUAGGUAUUUCAUCACCAUCAAUGUCAAUCAAUGGUCACAAUGGGUUGACCUCAAGUGCCAAUAAUAAUUCACCAUCAAUGGCAAUGAGAAAAUACAAUUCAACCCGUGACCUUUCACAUCUUCAUUCACAAUCAGAUUUUAUUGAUAAUCAUGGAUCAACUCGAGGUGGUCUUGCAGCCGCUUAUAAGGCUCGACAACGACGGGCAUCAUCAUUAAGCCGAUUUGGACAAUCACCUAAUGGUGGUUAUCAUUUACCUGGUUCACCUUCAUCUAACCUUUACCCUCGAACAAGUCAUUCAGUUUUAUCUUCAUCAAAUUAUCCUCUUCAUUCAGGUUCACACAGUCAACUACAUCGACUUCAUUUAACUGGAUCAGAAAUUGGUGGUUAUCAUCCUCAUCAUUAUCCAUCUCAUCAUCAUCCAUUAAGAUCAUCAGCUUCACAUAUUGGUGCAUCUUAUGGUCACUCAUCGUGUGAAAGUGACGCUGGACUUGGUUCUCACCAACGAACCAUCAGCGGCUCUCGAAGUAGACUCAACCCAGCUCACCAUCAGAACGAUCCAGUGGUUCUUUAUAUUCCAGCAAUUAGUCACCAUAAUCGACCAGUAGAUGAAGAUGAUCGCAAUUCAGCCCUUGGAAUCGCUCGAACCCAAUCAAUCCUGUCAACCUCAAAACGAACUGGAUUAUCAUCGAAAAAUAAAAAACGUGAUGAAAGUAAAGAUCGUGAUUCCAAUUUCAAUGAGAUAACCAGUAAAGUUAAUGGUUAUCUGAAUAACAACAAUAAUAAUAAGAAAAAUAAUAAUAGUGAAAAGAAUCAGAUUACAUCAACUGGAUUGAUGAAUGAAGGUGAUGAUGAGAUAAUUGAAUUGCGAGAUGAUGAAGAUGAAGAUUCCAAUAAUAAUAAUAAUAAUAAAAUGAAUGGUAAAAAGAAAGAUGUCAAACGAAGUGUCAGUAUACCGAAAGAUACUAAACUUCCUUGGCUACAAAAGCUUAAAAUGAAAGUGAAAGCUUAAUUUGAUCAUUUUAUCAAUUCGUUAAUUAUUUCCCAUUGAAAUAAAUUCUAUAAAAAAUUAACCGUCAUUAACCCACAAGGUAGCGUGGCCGAGCGGUCUAAGGCGCUGGUUUUAGGCACCAGUCAGAAAUGGCGUGGGUUCGAAUCCCACCGCUGCCAGAAACUCCUUUUGGUAAAAGGCUCAACAUUUCUGUUCGUAAGCUCAACACUUUCCCUUGGAGCUUCUCCUUCUCGGCUUGGACUGUGGCGAAUGAGGAAAAUCAAUUAAAUUCAAAAUUAAUUUUUGUCUCUAAUUGAUUAAAAAAAGAAGAGCAAUUUAAUGGUAACCAAUCAAAUCCAUAGAAAAAGGAUCAUUUUUCAAUUGUGUUUCGAAAUAGUCAAAAAUUGAAUUGAUUGUGAAACAUUUUUUCUGCGAACAAAUUUAAUUACUAAACCAUCUACUCUAAAUUUAUAUUAAUUAAUUGUAUUUUCUACGUUUUAACAAGAAUAUUAAAAGAGAAUUUAAAUUGUCCUAA